UCGACGAUGGAUGAGGUGUUUUAAUAUUUCUAAUAAGUAAUUAAAUACAAAUACAAAUACAUUAAAAAUAUUUUUAAAUACUUACCUAUAUGUUACUUGUCGACGAGAGCUCUUCAGGACCAAAACUAUUUGUUUAAUGGUGCCACCUAAAAUUUUUACUGCCAAGUUGUACAGUCUCGUAAAGAUGGAGUAGAACGCCGUCUUCUACACCCGUGGCGUGUGGCAGCGCUGGCGGGCCAUUUCGUGAGUACCUACCUAUACAGUAGUUAUAUAAACUACAUGUAUCGAUGCGAAUUAUAAAGUGACAAACUAAAACUUAAUAUAUGUAUACAUACUAUACUUAGUAUGGUCAACACUCACCACGACAUUUUAUUAAGAUUUUUCAAAUUUAACAAGCUCGAAAUGAAUCAUGAAACCUUGUCAUCUACACUAAGCCAAUCAUCUAUCCUCAAGUUCCUCAACACAGCAAAACCUUCCAAAAACUUGUAAAAAAAUCAAAACCGUUUAAUUUUGUCGGUCUAUCAAUGUUUUGUAUGCCUAAAAGAUUUUACUUACGUCGUGUUUGAUACGGCCAAAGAUUGGCCUUUUUUCGUUGCUGCUGUCCAAUUCAAAAUUUUUAUAGAAAUAUACAUUGAAAUACCACAUAACGCGAUAACGGCUUAACCAAAACUCGACCGAAAGGACAAGCAACGUUGAUCAAUAUACUAUACUGUUUAAUCAAAGUUCAUAGUCAUGAUAGACUUCAAGACCAAAUAUCCUGUUAACUUGUGGAAGGAUCACGGAUUGUACACCGAUGAUUAUAUUAAACUAAUCAAUAGCCAUUGGUUAAAAUUCAUGCCUCCCAAUCCAACGUCGCACUACGUUCUCGGACUUCUGUACACAAUCAUUAUGGUGUUUGGAUGCACCGGAAAUUCUCUGGUGAUUUUCAUGUACUUUAAAUGUAAAUCUUUGCAAACACCGGCGAACAUGUUGAUAAUUAACUUGGCUGUUAGCGAUUUUAUCAUGUUAGCAAAAGCCUCGGUAUUCAUCUACAACAGUUAUUACCUGGGACCUGCGCUAGGAAAAUUGGGAUGCCAGGUAUGUGGAUUUCUUGGUGGCUUGACCGGGACCGUGUCAAUUAUGACGUUGGCGGCCAUAUCCUUGGACCGGUAUUACGUUAUAGUGUGCCCUCUGAAAGCAGCUGUGAAAACCACUAAACAAAGGGCCAGGAUAUGGAUAGGACUGAUAUGGAUUUACGGAUUUUCGUUCUCCAUCGUACCGGUACUAGAUUUGGGGUACAGUCGGUACGUGUCGGAAGGAUACCUGACAAGUUGCAGCUUCGAUUACCUUUCGGACAACGACCAAGACAAGAGGUUUAUCCUGGUAUUCUUUACAGCGGCAUGGUGCAUACCGUUCACAAUAAUACUGUACUGUUACGUGAACAUACUGAUGGCAGUGUGGAUGACCACCGAAAUAGUCACCAGCAGGGUUGGCCAACAAGAAGAGAAGAGAAAAACGGAUAUACGACUGGGGUACAUGGUGAUCGGGGCUCUGGCGCUGUGGUUUGUGUCGUGGACGCCAUACGCCGUGGUGGCACUGCUGGGUGUAUUCGACCUGAAGGAGUACAUCUCACCAUUAAGCUCGAUGAUCCCGGCUUUGUUUUGCAAAGCUGCUAGCUGCACGGACCCGUGGUUUUAUGCCAUUACGCACCCGAGAUUCAAAAAGGAACUGAUGAAGUUGCUGGCGAAGAGUAAGAGCAGAAAGCUGGUCCGGAAUUAUGGCAUGAAGAAGGGAUGGGUUGGGUCGCAUUUGAACAAAAACGGCAGUGUUAGCUCCGAGAACCGUUUGAAAACCGAAUGCAAGGAAGAAAAUACAACUAUCUUCAUGCUUGAACCCUAUGACAACAACGUGCACUGGCAUGAGUCCACUUCCGGUCACAAGACUGAAUCAACUAAGGAGCCGGAAACCAAGUUCACUGCAAGUGCCAGCCAAGAGACUCUCAAGUAUAUGCUACCAAGCUGAUACUAAUAUACAAUAACAACUGCUGUAUAAAUAAAUCGUUGAAGAACUAAAUAUUGGAAAUUCUUCAAGCCGCUCUAGGCAAAAAUAGCGAAAAUAAUAAUAACAAAGUAAAAAGUACAAAAUCCUAUGCAAAAAAAGUUUCCUAUAAAAAUACUUAUAUGUCAUAAUUAUUUACAUUUAAUAGCGGAAAAGGUGAUGUAUUAUGACUAGAGUCGAAAUUAUUAAUAGGUAUUAAUAUUUUAAUUAUGAUUUUAAAAAUUAAAUAUUAAAAAUUGUAUAGGUACUUAAAUAAAUAUUACUUAAUUAGCCAUUAAAUAUAGGUACUUAUAGAAUUAGGUUAUACAUGUUUGUAAAUUGAGAGCUAAUAGUUAUGCCUUUGAGAAAAUGUAUAUUAUCAUUUGAGUUAUAAUUAUCAUAUAAUAUUUUAAUUAUCUUUGCAGUUUGCACACAAUCUUUAUACUUUUUUCCGUGGCUGCUCACCAGUAAAAUAUUUUUCACUUUUUGUUUCCUCCAAGUUGUAUGUAAGUACGGCCAUCAGUUCAACUGAUGCUAUCACGCAUUACUUUUAUUAUUAUUAUUAUUUACUAUUUAUACCUAUCCAUAAUCUAUAUUAUACUUUAAUAUUCCCCAAUGAACUAUUUCCUAAUUUUGUAGACACUAGACAUAAUUAUAUUAUCACAAUAUCACCUAUGUAUUUCACCUAUUUAAUUUUUUAACCACUGUAAAUCAUAUUUGCUUUGAUUUUAGCGACUAUUAGUUUCACUAUUUUAAACUACCAUCAAAACCCGUAUACCACUGUAAAUAUCGCUGUACCUCCUAUACUGCACUAACACUUUUGGCAACUCUUUAAGUAUGAUAGCAUUAAAAAGUGUAUGUACUGGCAAUCCUAAAAAUAUUGUUGGGUACCCCCAGUUUGAGAAUCCCUGUCUUAAACCAUGCACAAUAUUAUCUUUUUUUUACUGAUAAAUAAAUCGUAUUUUG